AUGCUGACCGAAUUCGACGAAACAUGUGGAUGCAUAGGUCUUCAGCUGAAUCUGCAAAAGACGAUGUUCAUGCGGAACGGAUGGAUCUCGGAUGCCCCAUUCACGCUCAGCGGAACGAACAUAUCCGGAUGCACCAGUUACGUUUAUCUGGGCCGGGAAUUGAGCAUGAUGAACGACCUAACCCUCGAGCUGGGCAGGAAGACACGGGCGGCUUGGGGAGCGUAUAAGAGCAUCGAACACCCGGCUCCGUGCUCACCUCUUCAACACCACCGUACUCCCUGCUUUGACCUACGCUUCGGAAACCUGGACAUUUCGCAAGCAGGAAGAGAACGCGGUGAGCGUCAUUGA